AUGGCCAACAGCAACGAAAAUGUUCUUCAUUCUUUGGCGACGAAAUUGCCGAACUACGCGGCUUUCCGUCUUCAUAUUUCCGGUAACAACUACCCUGAUUGGAAAACAGUCAUCAAUGUCUUGCUUUCCGCUGAACCCGAUUGCUGGGAGGUAGUCAAUCAGUCUAUUAUGCCCGAUGACCCGAAAUUCGCUAAGGCAAACAGCCUUGCGCGUACCAUAAUCCUUAAUUCUCUGGACAUUAGCCUCGUUCGCCUAAAGUUUAAGGGCAACGUCAGCGCGUUCACAGCUCCUAUGAUGUAUCAAUUGAUAACAAAGGAGUUUGACCAAGUCACUGGAACGAAAAUCCAGGCUACGAUGCGAGCAGUCUUCAAUUUCCGCUUCAAUCCAAAUAAGUCUCCAGUCCAAAACCUCACAAAAUUCAGACAGCUCCUCCAGGAUGUGACUGAAUCCGGUGGUAUUCUUGACGACACCGUCAUCACCUCACGUCUCCUGGAAGCAUUGCCCUCUACCUGGUCUGGUUUCAUCCAGUCCUGGGGAAUUCAGGCCGAAGAGCGGCAAACAGUUCUAAAUCUCUAUGCGGCUAUUGAAAAAAGAGAAACACGUCUGAAAUCUAUCGCUAGAAAUCAGCCUCAGAGCUCUAACAAUUCAAAGCCUUCUAACUUCCCAAUCUAA